AUGCGUUUCACUCUCAGCUCCAUUCUCCUCUCCACGAGCGUCGGUGCCCUCGCUCUGACCGUUCCCCAUGUCCGCCCUGCGAACCAUCAUGACCUCGCAAGCACAGACGCUGGCUCCAGCGAGCCAAGAGAUAUUGCCUAUGAUUUCGAUUCCCUGGAUGCGCGGGGUUGGGAAGACAUCGAACUCGACCUUCGCGACCUCGAGACUCUACUCGAGCUCCAGGGACGAGGGAUUGGCGGACUUGCCAAGUUUGCGAAAGGUCCAAUCCAGAAGAUGGCCUCUUCGCUUCGUCGAAGCGGGGGUGCAAAAUCCAAGAAAGCGUCUGUUUCCCCCAAGAAACCCAAGACGAGCUUGCCUUCGAAGAAGGCCAAGUCGAAGUCGAGCUCUGCCUCGAAGGCAAAGUCCAAGUCAGGUUCCUCGAAGUCCACGUCCGCUGCCUCGAAGAAGCAAAAGAGCGCCAAGAAGUCCUCGUCCAAGGCUGUCUCAUCCGGCAAAGGCUCCAAGAAGAGCGCGAAUUCGAAGAAAGGCAAAGCCAAAUCACCCGUCGCGUCCAGUUCCAACUUGAAGGCCAAGGGUUCAAAGAAAGCCUCUCCUUCGGGAUCGCCUAAAGCAACGAAGAAGUCGAAAUCUUCAGGAUCCAAGAAAAGCGCGACAUCCGUCAAAGCCAAGUCCGGCGGAAAGAAAUCCUCUUCGACUGCCACCAAGGCCAGCAAGAAGGCGGGAGGAUCGAAGAAGGCACCGGCUGCGUCGAAGAAGGAUGGGCAGAAGGGUAAAGGCGGAAAGAAGGGCGGUAAGGGAUCUGGAGGAGGGAAGGGUGGCGGAAAGGGUGGAAAGGAUGGAAAGAAGAAGAAAGGUGCAAUUCGCAAUCUGAAUUUCAAUGUUGACCCUGCUUCGAUGGUAGCUGCAGGAGCAGGAGUCGCCAACCUUUUUAUGAACUAG